ACUUGGAUAUCUGAUAACAGCCAAGCCAAUCCAAUAAAAUCCAACAACCAACCAUUUUAUCUAAACCAAUUUGAAGACCCAACAAAACCAACACAGUAGCUAGCGAGUGAAAAGAGUAGAAGAAAACACAAAUCCAAGCUCCAAAUUUCACCCAUGGCUGCUUCAAAUAUAGUCAAGUAUGGGAUUGUAGGGGUGGGCAUGAUGGGCAGAGAGCACCUCAUCAACUUGCACCAUCUUCGCACCGAAGGCGUGGCGGUGGUAGCCAUAGCUGACCCCCAUGUUCCUUCCCAAAAGCUUGCUCUUGAUUUGGCACAGUCUUUUAAUUGGCCUAUAAAGGUUUUUUCAGCACACAAGGAACUAUUGGACAGCCUGCUCUGUGAUGUAGUGGUUGUGUCAUCUCCAAAUAUGACCCAUUAUCAAAUUCUGAUGGAUAUCAUCAACCACCCCAAACCCCACCAUGUACUAGUGGAGAAGCCAUUGUGUACAACAGUAGCUCACUGCAAAGAGGUUGUAAAUGCUGCCAGAAAGAGGCAGGAUAUUCUGGUUCAAGUUGGACUGGAGUAUAGAUACAUGCCACCUGUUGCUAAACUGAUAGAAAUAGUGAAGGGCGGAAGCCUUGGACAGGUCAAAAUGGUGGCAAUCCGUGAACAUCGUUUUCCUUUCUUGGUUAAGGUCAACAAUUGGAACCGGUUCAACAUUAACUCUGGAGGGACUCUGGUAGAAAAGUGCUGCCACUUCUUUGAUCUGAUGAGGCUGUUUGCUGGUGCUAACCCUGUUCGUGUGAUGGCUUCUGGAGCGAUUGAUGUUAACCACAAAGAUGAAAUAUAUGAUGGAAAGGUUCCAGACAUAAUUGACAAUGCAUAUGUUAUUGUCGAAUUUGACAAUGGUUCUCGCGGGAUGCUUGACCUUUGUAUGUUUGCUGAAGGGACUAAAAAUGAACAAGAAAUAUCUGUUGUUGGUGACAUAGGAAAGGGGGAGGCCUUUGUUCCUGAGAGUAUUGUUCGUCAUGGCACUCGAGUGGAAGGGAGAGAUGGUGUCCAGACUUUAAAAGCUGAGAAUGAUCAAAUAAAAUAUGAUGGGCUGCAUCAUGGAUCAAGCUAUUUGGAACACCUGCACUUCUUAUCUGCAAUAAGGGCUAAAGCAAAAGCGCCUGCUGUAGAUUUGCAUGAUGGAUUAGUUUCGGUUGCCAUUGGAGUUGCAGCACAGCUUUCCAUCGAGAAGGGCCGAUUUGUGACGAUUGAAGAAGUCAUGAGUUAGUGGAAUUGUGAAGUUUCUGUAUAGUUCUUGAAUCUUUGUCCAAAAAAAGUAUAGGUCUUGAAUCCCUGAUGUUGCUUUUGUGGGUUGGGGGGAAACUCUUGUAACAGUUUCUCCUUUCCCUAUUUGAAGCAUAUGAAAAUUAAUGUUUCGUUCAUCUAUUAAUAAAAUUCCAUCAAAUAGCUUUGACUGA